GAGGGAAAAGCCAAAGAAGCCACCGCUCCCAUUCGCAGCUUCCACACCUCACCACCUGAGCUCUCGGUCGGUGGCGGGCUGGCCGCUUCCUUCCGUCUGCCGCUUUGCUUGCUCCUCCACCACCCCAACCGCACGCCCAUCUUCUCCGUCCAGGCAGACCCAGGUCAAGCGAUCCGGUCGCAUCUUCACGCGCACCUCGACCUCCCCGUGCGGUUCUUGGUGGCGACUGGUGAGGGUGUGCGUGGCGGCGGCCUCGAGUUGACUCCUCGAGCUCGAGGUGUGUGAGCUCCGGCACCUGCUGCGGGGCGCUCGUUUCUUGGCGUCGUGCGCGGCCGCCGUUGUUGCAGCAGGGUUUCGUCCCGUCCCGUGAGGAGUGGGUGAGUCCGUGGGCGGGGUUCGAUCUGAACAAGGCUUGGGGUUCUUGCUAGGGGCGCUCGGUUGGUCAGCUCGCAGGAGAGGAGCUGAGCUGGUUGGGCGUGGAGGCUUUGAUUGACUUUUGAGGUGCCGGGGGUAGACAGGUUGCUUCUUGCUCGCUGGUUUCUUGGCUCUGCGGUUACUGGCCUUGCUGAUUUUCCUCCCGAAUUAGUGGCGGAGCUCCAUCCUGACCUUGCAAAGUUUGGACCUUUGGGGCUGCUUGUUCCUCUUGAUUCCUUGCAUUACUGGUCAUCUCGUGCUGCGAGCCAAGGGAGACCAUCUUUUCCCGUUCGGCUCUGUAAUGUAAGCGGAGGAUUGAGCUGAUCUAGCUUGGUGAAUUGGUACAGAGGGAAACAUGGGGAAUUGCAUGGACACCACGGCACGGGUGGAUCACAGCAUGAACAAUGCUACCUACCCAUCAAAAGUGACCAGCAAGACAAGUUUAUCAUCUCUCCCUUCCACGAUUAAGAGCAACUCAACUCGCUCAACUUUGACUCUUCCAUCUAUGAGAGAUCGAAGUGAGCUUCCCACUCCUCGGACGGAAGGUGAAAUCUUGUCGUCUUCUAAUUUGAAGGCAUUCACGUUCAAUGAUCUAAAAACUGCAACCAAGAACUUCCGACCGGACAGUCUUCUUGGGGAAGGAGGAUUUGGGCAUGUCUACAAAGGUUGGAUUGAUGAGCACACGCUUGCUCCUUCAAGACCGGGGAGUGGUCUGGUUGUUGCUGUCAAGAAGCUUAAACCAGAAGGUUUCCAAGGACACAAGGAAUGGCUGACAGAGGUUGAUUACCUUGGCCAGCUUCACCACAAGAAUCUUGUUAAGCUCAUUGGUUACUGUUCAGAUGGUGAUAACCGGCUUUUGGUGUAUGAAUUUAUGCCCAAGGGAAGUUUGGAGAAUCAUCUGUUCAGAAGUAUGUAUUUCAUCUCAAUGGCUCUGCCUUGUGGAGUCCCAAGUUUCUUACAAAUUGGUCAUUUAGUAAUGAAAUAUUUCUACUUUUCAGGAGGUGCUGAUCCUUUGUCAUGGGCAAUAAGGCUCAAAGUUGCUAUUGGAGCUGCUAGGGGUUUGUCAUUCUUACAUGAUGCUGAAAACCAAGUUAUAUAUCGUGAUUUCAAGGCCUCGAACAUUCUCCUCGAUUCGGAAUUCCACGCAAAACUCUCAGAUUUUGGCUUGGCAAAAGCUGGUCCAACCGGGGAUAAAACCCAUGUAUCCACACAAGUCAUGGGCACUCAUGGAUAUGCAGCUCCUGAGUACAUUGCAACAGGCCGCCUCUCUGCAAAGGCAGAUGUCUACAGCUUUGGGGUGGUGUUGCUUGAAUUGCUCACUGGAAGAAGAGCCCUGGACAAAUCAAAGCCAGGCAUAGAGCAGAACUUAGUUGAUUGGGCCAGACCUCACUUGGGCGACAAGCGCAGGCUAUACCGCAUCAUGGACACAAAGCUUGGAGGUCAGUAUCCAAAAAAGGGUGCAAACGCCAUUGCAAGCAUUGCCUUGCAAUGCAUCUGCGGCGAUGCCAAGAUGCGGCCUCGGAUGUCUCAGGUGCUGGAAGAGCUGGAGCAGCUGCAAGAUGCAAAAUAUGGUUCAGCGUCACCACUGGUUGACAUACGGAAGGCCUCACACGCCGUACCAAGAUCACCAAGAUCGCCAAUGAGAGUCCAACCUUCGCCGCGGCGCUCACUUGGAGCAGCAGCAGCAGCAUCUCCCUUGCCAGGAUAUCGCACUGCACAAGUGCACUAGAAUCGAACUUAGAAGAUGCGACGUACCUGUAGGUUGUAUAUUUGUUGGUUCAGCAGUGAGCAGUGUUGUAACUUUUUUUGCUUCUACUGAUGUUUUGGCGAUCAUGUAUGACGCAGGAAUACCACUAUAUCAAUCUAUGAUAAAUUAUCUUGCUUGGUUCAGCAAGCCUA